UCGCUUCACGCGCCCGGGUCUGAAGGGGGCGGGCCGUGCGUCGCCUGACGAAUAAAAGCUGCAGCCUAUAGAGGGCUUUUUAACCGGGUACAACCAGCCAGGCUUAAAGGAAACAUUUGGUCUUAAAUUCAGAGCAGCGAUUACAGCCGAGCGAUAGGUCAGUGCAGGAAACAGCAGCGGCACCGCGGGUCCGAAGAGCUGAGAAAAUAUGAGCGACAAGGGGACCGUCUCGCCGAAAGAGGAGGCAGCAGAGAAGAGGGGGCGUGGAAGACCCCGCAAGCAGCCCCAAGUAAAGACCUCUGACGAACCAAGCGGGUCGCCGGCUCCAAAGAGGUCCAGAGGACGGCCGAAGGGCAGCAAAAACAAGACGGCCACAAAGGGAAAAAAGGCGGCAGCUGCCCCAGCUGCAGUGGGGAAACGUAGGGGAAGACCUAAGAAGGAGGAGAAAGAAGAAAAGGCAUCCCAGGAAUCAUCUGAGGAGGAGGAGGAAGAGGAAGAUGAAGACCAGUAAUUACAACGCAUGCUACCUCACUCAACAUACUGACUUGCUGUUAACAAGAACUGGGCUGUAUCUCCAACACCAGGUGCCACCACAUGACCACUGUUCACGACAAAGCCCUCUUUGCCAAGAGGAGGGUUAACACCGUACCGAUAUCAUGCAGCCGCACUGGAUAGAACGAUGGACCUUUUUGAUCUAAGAAUUACAAGAAGGGUAACGGUCCUUCUCUCAAUGCGUCAUCACAAAUCUUUUAUACUGGACAAACGUGCGCUCCGAGGAGCCCGGCCAUUUCAGUUUUACCGGUUUGUAGAACAUUCUCUCUGCUUAAUGUUACUGAUGUGUUGCCUCCGCAUCUGAGAUGUUGGGGCAUAUAGAGCGGAUAUAGAUUACUUUUUUUUUUCCUCCAUUGUUUUGUACUGGACAAAGGUGAAUUUUACCGAUACUUUUUGUUUUGUGUGUCCGUGUGAAGUGGUUGACCUAUCCUUUGCAUCGUAUUAUAGAUGGAGUUGAGCUUCAGCGUUUAAAAUAACGUGCGGUAGAGGGGCGUUAUUUUCUUUUUUCCCACUUUUAAAAUAAAUCUGCAUUAACUGAUUUUUGCCCUAUCCGACCGGUAGGUGUAGUUACACCUAUCGAACCUCCUUCAAGGACCUGUGCGAGUAGCUGGGAGAUGUUAACAGGUGUCGUUGGUCUGAUUACUACUUGUUUUUUUGUUCCUUCGGGUUACAUACCCUUUAAAAAAAAAAAAGAA